AAAUCAGCCAAAAGAUUACAGGAACUAAGCUGCAACCUUCACUUCACUUCCUGUCUUGUCUCUGUUUCAAUCUCAAUACAAACUUUCUCUCUCUAAAAGCUUUAUAUUCUUCACUUCACACUCCACUUCAAACAUCACAAACCUCUCUCUCUCUCUUCAAUUCUCUUCUUAUUCUAAUUUAUUUGGAACUUUGUAACAGUUCACGUUCUUCUAGGCGCGACCUUUCAUAAUUUGCAACUAAACGAACCAACGUGACCACAUAGAUUCCUGUUCAAUAAGAUUUAUGGUGGAAGAGAAUUAAUAAUUGGACCCAGUAGCAAGUUGCGGAGAAAGUUUGAAUUUUAACGAGAUUGUGAAUGUGGGCAUGGAAGCACGGAUGAGAAAGUACCGACAAUUGAGUCCAGAAAGGGCCAAAGUGUGGACGGAAAAGUCUCCAAAGUACUAUCAGAAUCGGAAGGUGCCGGUCGUUUACUAUCUUUGCAGGAAUAGGCAGUUAGAACAUCCUCAUUUCAUGGAGGUUCCUCUUUCAUCCCCUGAAGGGUUGCUUCUGAGAGAUGUGAUUGAGAGACUAAACGCUUUGAGAGGUAGAGGCAUGGCUUCUUUGUAUUCGUGGUCUUGUAAGAGAAGCUACAAAAACGGAUUUGUGUGGCAUGAUCUCUGUGAAGACGAUCUAAUUCUACCUGCUCAUGGAAAUGAGUAUGUCCUCAAAGGUUCUGAGCUAUUUUACGAAUCAAAUUCAGAACGUUUUGACCCUAAUGUGAAAACACAGAACCUGAAGCAGUUGCCGGAACCUGUUUCUUGUAGGAGCCAUGAUGAGGCUUCAACCUCUUCCAGCAUGAAUGAGAAAGAUACAAGAAACUCCCAAGAAGAUGAUGAACUUUCGCCGAGACAACAAACCGGUUCAUCUGAUGUGUCUCCUCAGUCUAGAGCUGGAACAAGUGAUUCUCUUAGCUUACCAUUGACAGAAUACAAAAUCUACAAGAAUGAUGGAUUAGCAGAUGCUUCAACUCAGACAGAAGAAAACAUUGGCAAGCCCGAAACCCAGAAAACCUGUACCAGAGGUGUAUCAACCGAGGAAGAUGGAUCAUUGGAUCAGGAAUGCCAUGAAAUAAGUGAUACUCAAGUGAAAGACAACUCUGAAAUUGGUAGGGAUACUAUUUCUCCACUCCCUUCAACUUCUAGUCCAUCAUCUUCUGGAGGAAAAACUGAGACUUUGGAGUCCCUUAUAAGAGCUGAUGUGAGUAAAAUGAACAGCUUUAGGAUCCUAGAAGAGGAGCGUAUUCGAAUGCAAACCAAUGCAAGGUUGAAAGCCUCAAGCCUACUAAUGCAACUGAUCUCAUGUGGGUCUAUAUCUGUGAAAAACCAUAGUGUUGGCCUUAUUCCUUCUUACAAGACCAGGUUUUCCAAUUCCAAAUUCCCCUCCCCGUUGUUCUCAACUUCUGUUAUGUUUGGGGAAUUUGACUGUCUGGCAGAGAAAACGAAGGUGAUGGGCCUCAAAUUGGAAGACAAAGAAUAUUACAGUGGGAGCGUAGUGGAGUCUAAAGUACUGAAGGAAGAAGGUGGACAUAAUGUUGUUCAAAAACACUCUUCUUCUUACAGUGCUGAGAGGACAUCUACAGAGUUGAAAUCACAAGACACUGAGGAAUUAUCAUCCCCAGCAAAUUCAAAACGCAUGAUAUCUCCCGUUUCUGAUGGAUCAAGAAAUUCCAUGGAUAGAAUCAAUGGUUCAGACAUAUCUUCAACACCAUCUAAUGGAAGCAGCAAAAGGAUCACUGAAACUUCAUCAGGGUCAGGGAGAAAGCAAUCUAAGAGAAUAGACUCAUUCAGAGAAGAGGAGAGGGUGAUAAAAAUUGAAGAAAGGCUUGCUUCUGGAGCUCGGGUUAUAAUCCAGUCUAAACCAUUUUGAGACACAGCAUGCAACACAGUUCUUAAAUAUUUUUGUUAGGCAGCCAGCAAAAACUGAUAGUUUUCAGUUUUUGUUUGAAUGCAACAUCAUGGUACAAAGUGAAGGUGUGGUCCCAAUGGUAUCGUAUUGCAUCUUAUAGGGACAGAACCACCUGAAAUGAAGUGAUUGCACAUUUUUUUGUAACUACACAUACUCAUAUAUAUAUGGUAUUAUUUUGCCUUGCA